AUGAAGCAUCACAUUGUUUCCAUUGCUGCUCUUGCGGCGCAGGUCUGUUUGGGCUUCAAAUUUUAUGCCCUGACAAUGGCAGGAAAUGUGUAUACCCUCACAGGCGAGGACUCAACCAAAGUUAGUGUCAUCAAACAGCAGCUUGAGCAGGUCGCCCACAUUCCGGUCGCACAACAGAAAAUUCUUUUCAAGGGGCGUGAGCUCCAGAGCGACAACGUCCUCUCAGACUAUGGCAUUCACGAAGCCAGCGUAGGAUGUCUCGGCAGUGUGGCCUUGCGCCAGGCUCGCAGAGCCAAGGAAGUCCAGAUGCUGGGUAACGCCAGACAUGUCAAACUCGGUCGUGGCUGUGCGCGCAACAGGACGGCGCUAAGAGCUGCCAUCGAUUGGAUGCUCCUCUCGUCCUUUGUUCUGCUAGCCGCCGAGGACAUUGGCACCAGCGAGCUCUGUGAUGCGGUUGGUCAAACAGGCCCACACCUCUGCCAGUCACGAUGCACUACAGUGCGACACUAUGUGAGGAUGGGUAGUCACCGUGAAAGCUCUGAUCUGCCCCCAGUAUACCGAAGCGUCGAUCCUCUGUCUGAGAGUUCCAGCGAACGAGAUGCACCUGCGAGCGAAGGACCGCACGAAACACCCCGAAAGCGGUUCGAUUACCACGUCAGACUACGAGAAAUUCGUCAAGUCGAAGAAUGGAGAAGGACAUAUAUGCACAAAAGAUUUUAUACAAACCUGGAAACACCAAAUAUACCCGCUCGAGACUGGGUCAUUAAGCAAUGGCAAAAGCAAGGCAUCUGGGCCAAUACAUGGCCAGAUACAGGCCCAGGGGACGAGGAGAGGUGGAACUGCGGUGGCUCGGAGAGUAUCCCUGCUUGUCUAUUGUCUAUGGAGCUGGGCUGGGAAUUUGAAUACAUUGUGCUGGUACAAAACCCCGUGUUGCUUCCAUGCCUCGCCGCCACUCGAGCCCGACUCCCGACAAACAUCACGCCAGUAACAUGGAAGCCUCGCGAUAUUGGCCAGCAAGCUUUGAGCCAGUUACUCGCACGCUGGACAGAAGAGGGUUUUUCAUCUUGUACGAUCCAACAAUCCACGUUAGAAUAUCGUCGGGAUCUGGGGGAGCUCCGCGACUGGCUUCCGCCACUGGCACGCCAUUGUUUCGAUUCGUUGAAAGUCUUUAGCUGGCCUGACUUGUUGAACGGUUGGCAAAAUAAGCUUGGAGACCAUGAAACAGAUCAGCCUUGCUUCGGGCUCUCGCCGGAAUCGCGAGACAUGGCGGAAGCAGCCGUGAAAGAAGCGCAGGCCGAGAGUCGCCGAGUCGAGGCACUUCGCAGAAAAUCGCCCCUCCAGGCUCCUACGGCCGCCCAAAACGUGACGGGUGAAGCGACAGCUGACGGGGCGCUUGAUGUUGAAGCUGGAGAGAUCAGUGGCAAAUCUAGCCGUCAGUCUCGCAAAGUCGAAAUGCCCGGUGCACCUGGCCCCCGGUUUGACGAGCGAGCGACCUCGACCGAGGCUUCUCGAGAAGAUGUAUCUGAGCGCGGCACGCGCCGCUCUUCUCGCAGAGCGCGGUCGAGUGCGGCGGGGCUCUCGGAAGCUAGCCACCACCGAGCUGCGAAUAGGGAUGAGGUAGGCGAUGCGGCGGGGAGCUCGGAGGAUAUUGUCUCUCGUCGCCGGCGUCGCCGCCCGCGAGACGAUGACCACGGGCAGGGAGCUAAGAGACGCCGGUUGGCAUGA